AUGGCAUCCAUAAAGCCAAUGGUUAUGGAAAACGGUUCUUCUGUGUCUGAGUUCAUUCUUACAGGAUUGACAAAAUUACCUGAGCUCCAGCUGCCGCUGUUUGCUCUCUUCUUGCUGAACUACACAGCCACUGUGAUUGGAAACUUGACCAUAAUGAAUCUCAUUUGCCUGAAUUCAAAUCUGCACACCCCUAUGUACUUUUUUAUAUUCAAUUUGUCCUGCAUUGAUUUUUGUUAUUCAUUUGUCUUUACUCCCAAAAUGCUGAUGAGUUUUGUUUCAGAGAAGAACACCAUCUCCUUCACAGGAUGCAUAACUCAGCUGUUUUUCUUUUGUUUCUUUGUCAACUCUGAGUGUUAUGUGCUGACAACCAUGGCCUAUGAUCGCUAUGUAGCCAUUUGUCAGCCCCUCCAGUACGCUUCUAUCAUGUCUCCUGGAACCUGUUGUCUGCUGAUGUUUGGUUCAUACUUGAUGGGGUUUGCUGGUGCCAUGAUCCAUACAGGGUUUAUGACUAGGCUCAACUUUUGUGAUUCCAACCUCAUCAACCACUACAUGUGUGACAUCUUCCCCCUCCUCCAGCUCUCCUGCAGCAGCACCUAUGUCAAUGAGCUUGUGAGUUCUGCUGUGGUUGGUACAAUUAUCAUUUUAUCUAGUCUCAUUAUCCUAAUCUCAUAUGCCAUGAUCCUUUCUAAUGUCAUUCAGAAGUCAUCAGCUAAGGGCUGGUCCAAAGCUAUGGGCACUUGUGGGUCUCAUAUCAUAACGGUUGGUCUGUUCUAUGGAUCUGGACUGCUAGCUUACAUCAAGCCAUCAUCUGCUAAGACUGUGGACCAGGGGAAAUUUUUCUCAGUGUUUUACACUCUGAUAGUGCCCAUGCUGAAUCCUCUCAUCUACAGCCUCAGGAACAAGGAUGUCAAACUUGCUGUGAGGCAAACCAUGAAGAGAAUCACAAACUGA